UUUAUUGGCUACCACGUCGCUUGUUGCCGCGUUCUGUGUGUACCUAAGCUCCAUUAGAGAUCACUGCUGGAUACAGUUGAUAGUUGUCAAAGUGAAGAUAAAGGAGAACCGGAGCCAUGGACGGUGGUCAGCCGAAAAACACCGAUUCACAAUUUAUAUCCUUCAACGAUUUCACACCGAUAAGUCAGGCUGGUAACACCGAGGGACAGCUAGGCACCGGGCCUUCCACUCAUCAGCCAUUCAAUAACCUCCCCAACGACUCCACUGGCGUCGGUAUUAUAGAAGAUCUACAGGGAUUACCCAAUAAAAAUGAAAGCAACUCUCAACACAGCUUCUGGGCGAUCGAAUAUUACCAGAAGUUCUUCAAUGUCAAUACAAACGAUGUCUUGGGGCGACUCAAGCGAUCCAUGAUACCAUAUGGUCGCGACAAUUACUUUAUAACGCACAUUAGACCAAAUCCAGACUUAUACGGGCCCUUCUGGAUAUGCUUGACUCUGGUCUUCUCCAUUGCAAUCAGCGGGAACAUGGCGAAUUAUUUGCAGACUGCUGGCUCUACUAAAUUCCACUGGAGAUAUGAUUUCCAUGUCGUCUCCUACGCAGCUACUUGUAUAUUCCUAUAUGCCUGGCUUGUGCCAUUGGCUCUGUGGGGCGCAUUAAAAUGGACUAACAGCUCGAGAAAUACUGAAGAAGAACUGAUUGAGUCUUACGCUGCUCCGAGAAUAAUAGAACUUCUGUGUCUCUAUGGAUACUCUCUAACUAUCUACAUUCCAGUGACAUUUCUGUGGACGAUUCAAAUUGGCUGGUUGCAGUGGUGCUUGGCCAUAGUAGCGACGCUUUUAUCCGUAGGAGUUUUGCUGCGGUCGUUAUUGCCAGUCAUCGCAGGUAAACAUCGAAUAAUAUACGUUGCCGUGAUCCUGGGGAUGCAUCUGCUAUUGGUGGCAGGCUUUAUGCUAUAUUUCUUUCAUCCAUCCAAGAGCGCCAUACUGCCCACGAAUGAAUUGUUGCCUUCUCCAACGCAAGCCAAAGUGUUGCACAACGUAGAAAACAUGUUGCAAAACAACAGCCAAAUCGCGGCAACAUCCUCGACAUCUUGAAACGUCCACACGCAGAUUCAAGAAUAAGGACAAUUCCCGAGACUACGAGGAAAACUAUUACUCCUCCGUUCGUGCGCGUGUGUGUGUGUGUAUAUAUAUAUAUCGGAUACGAUUUUAUUUAAAGGAACACCGCACCGUCGCGUAUCUCCAGUAAUCAACGCGCGGAAUGGAACGCACACACACUGCUACCAAUCGGCAUCGCGUCCUCGUUCGCUCGUAAAAAUAAUAUUUAUACUAUAAUAUGUAAUUAUGUGAAGUAAUUAUGGCGCACCAAGAAUAAAAAUGAAUACGCAUUGCUACGAA